GGAUGCUUCAAUACUCACCCCUCUGAAACGGCUCUCCUCCAAGCUCAUCCAACCUCAUCCGAGAUUUUUUGGGAGGAGCGACGGGAACAGACCCUUUGACAGUAGCAGCAGAUACAGUAGCGAGGGUAGCGAGGGUUUAUAUAGCCUUGGUAGCGAGGGAUCUGGGUUUUAUUUUUUAAAGGUUGCAUUUUUUGGAAGUCUUCACCGAUUGAAAUGAGUGUAUUUAAAAGUUUAAGGGUCUUAAGAACAGCACUGCCAGUCAUCAACACGACUCAGCCGGUGCGGUGGCGCGUGCGGGACGUCAAGGACGUGGUCAAGUGGCGGCCGAUCACGCGUCCGUCCAAGCUGUCACCGGCCUACACCGGAGACCUGGGCGUGACCGAGCCGGUGGACGAGAGCCAGCCACAGUCGGCCGUCAGCGCCGCGCGUGAAGAGUUCGACAGAUCUGAUGAUGUCACGAAGCGAGUGUUGUCGCUCGAGUUCGCCCGCGGGGUAGAGAAGACCAAACAGCUGGAGGAUAAGGCGAUGGCGUUCGUUCAGCGGCACCGAUUCGAUACGGAAUCACCCGAGGCACAAAUCGGUCGGAUGACGGCCAAGAUCCGUCGCUACCAGCUGCUGCUCCAGGACCCGGCCAUAUUCAAGAGCAGCUCUCUGAUGCGUGCGCGGGUUCACGACCUGGCGCACAAGCGCAGCGGUCUGCUGCGCAAACUGCGCGCCACAGACUACCGGCGCUUCGAGUGGCUACUGGAGCAGCUGGAGAUUGUCUACCGGCCGCCGCUGCCCUACAAGACGGACGUCACUCUCUGUCGCAAGACCAGCAUCCGUCGCAUGGUGCAGAUCUUCUGCGACAACAUCCGCCAGGAGAAGUUGGACGCGCUGCGCCGUCAGCUCGACUCGGAGAAGCCGGCGUUCGAGGAGGAGCGCCGGCGCGCCUGUGAGUGGAUCGCAGAGGAGGAGCGCGCCCUGGGACUGUCUCUGAGCGUGGACACGGAGCGGGGCUGUCUGCUCGAGCCGCGCCUGCCCAAACGGGUGGUGAUCCCACCCCGGCGCGAGCAGGCGCAGGCGUGAGCCGCCGCGCGGUGGAACUGAGUGUGUGAGAGAGGUGGGGGGCACAGUCAGAAUGGGUGGGGAUGAUGGAGAUAUGUGUGCUGGUGUCAUUGGAAAGAGGAGAAAGUGUCGAAUAGAAGGGUUUGUGUGUCCGUG